AUCGAAGCUCCAUCUCCCCACAGCUGCCAUGCUCUCGCUGCUCGCGCUGCCGAACGCGUACACGCUGGGCGGGGUGCGGGCCAGGUCGCCGGCCCGCAUGGGCGCGAGCCCCGUCAUGGGCUGGGACAUGAAGACCAUCACCCCUGACGGCACGCUGGAGCAGCGGGUCGAGGGCAAGACCCGCAAAACCUGGACCUUCAACGACCUGUCCAAGGAUCGGGUGCAAGUGGCGGUGAAGAGCGAGGGGCGCCCGGUGAAGGCGGACAUCCAGCUCUGGAUCGGCCCCGACUGGACCCCCUUCACGCUCAAGGCGUACAGCGAGGACGGCAAGGAGCGCCCGAUCCAGGCGCUGAUUGGCACCCGCAACAAGGCCGCGAUGAUCGAGGUGCGCAACGUGGGCGAGUACGAGUUCCCCUUCAGCGCCGCCGCCAACUACGCCGAUGCCUCCAUGGCCUCCAAGGCCGACCCGCCGGCCGCCCACGGCGAGCGCGUCGAUGGCGGCGCGCUGCGCUCCUUCCCCCUCGACGCUGGCUCGGAGAAGCUGGAGGUUGUGCUGAACACGGACGGGAAGCAGCUGAACGCGCGCGUCGAGCUGCUCAACGCGCCCAACAACCCCAAGCAGACCUUCGAGGUCUUCACCAACAAUGGCGAGCUCAACUCGCUCUCUGUCUGCUUUGACACGCCCGACCCCGGCAACACCGUGCGCAUCGUCAACCUGGCGCCGGUGGAGUUCCCCUGCUACAUCCACCUUAACGAAAUGUGAGCCCCAGUCCUAGCCGCAGACGCCGCGCCCGCGCCGCGCUCGACGGGGGGGGGGGGGGCAGAGACGGCUGCAGGGCGCCCACUCAGCCCCUCCUGCGCCGCGCUGGGACGCGUCUUUUACUAGGAGGCGGUGUGUGAGUGCACGCACCAGAGAAGGUGGGCUGGCUGCACCGCAUGCUGCCCUCCCUCUUUCGGAGGCUAUUCGUGUGUGCGUGCGAUGUGUGCACACUUAUGACGCGUCGUCAGUCAGUUUGUGGCGGCCCUCCCGCUGCCCGCACCCCCCUGCGCCCUGGUGCAUGUGCAUGAGGACUUGCGAAAUUUUGAACGUAAAUCGC